GAGAUCCGACACGCAGCCGCCGGUCUUUUUUGGCCAAUUCGCAGAUCUCAUGUUUCAUCACGUCGUGCCUCUCGAACCCCACUUGCUUUGCGAAACCCUCGGCAGCCAGGACUCGAUCCAUCGAAAGACAUCGGUUUCAAUUUGAGCUCUAAUCGCUGCCUCAGCUCAUGA